GGAAGGCUGCCCGCAGCCUCUUCCCUUUCCCCCCGAGAGCGGCUCCACCCCUUCCCCUCACUGCCUGCAGCCACUGCCCCUCGGCAGCUGUGCCCCUCGCGUCGGUCUCGGGGCCUCCCUCCUCGCCUGCCCCGCGGGGCGGUGGAAGCAGAGCGCCAGGCUGCCCGCGGGACUCUGGUGAAGCUCCUGCACGGAGGUGGGAACCCAGCAGGGCCUACCUGUUCUCUCCUCCAUACCCCUGACCCACGAGACGCCGGCCCUGCCCCUCAGGUCCCUGGGUUUGGCUAAUUCUGCCGAGAGCGAGCAGGCAGAGGACUCGCCAAAGCUCCCAGCUGGCCUCCUGGAAGAAGGUCACUUUCUUUUGGGCGAAGGGUUUAAUGGGAGGUAACCCUGCCAGUGUUCGCCAAGCGGCCCGGGUGGCAGGAGCCACGGGUGCUCGGACGAGUUGUGGCACCUGGAGCCGGGUGGCUCGCCCUAAGCUUGCUUUGACAAAGGAGUUUUGAGUUGGUCUUUUGGCUGAGCUUGCCAGGGAAGGCAGGCUCCUGCAGGAGUCUUGGAGGGUCCGUGCGGUGCCGGAUGAGGCUGAGGCGUGGCUGAAGAUGCGUUUGGCUCUGCAGACACUGCAUCGAGCAGCAGGGGACUCUGGGAGGCUGGUGCAGCCAGAAGGCAUGGCUCUUGACAGCCUUCUAGUAGAGUCUCUGGAAUUGUGCAUGACAGAAGAGGAAAGAAACUAACGGGUAUUGAGCACCUACUGUGUGCCAGGCCCAGGCCAGGUUCCCCCCUCCUCCAGCCAGUCUGUGCAGACUUGUUGCUUGCUGUGUCAUCGGGAACGCAAAGGCUGGGAAGAAGGCCCUUCCCAAAAUGGACUGGUGUUGCAGGGUGAGAAGCUGCCCCCUGACUUCAUGCCAAAGCUCGUCAAGAAUCUCCUAGGAGAGAUGCCUCUAUGGGUCUGCCAGAGUUGCCGAAGGAGCAUGGAGGAAGAUGAAAGGCAGACAGGUCGAGAGCAUGCAGUGGCGAUAUCCUUGUCACACACAUCCUGCAAAUCACAGUCUUGUGGGGGUGACUCUCAUUCCUCUUCGUCAUCCUCUUCGUCAUCCUCAUCCUCGUCCUCAUCCUGCCAUGGAAACUCAGGGGACUGGGAUCCCAGCUCGUUCCUGUCAGCACAUAAGCUCUCGGGCCUCUGGAACUCCCCACACUCCAGCGGGACUGUUCCAGGCAGCUCACUUGGGAGUCCUCCUUCCAUCCCCGGUGAGGUUUUCCCCAUCUCGGAGCACCGCCGGCACUCAGACCUCACUGCUCCACCCAACAGCCCCACUGGCCACCAUCCACAGCCAGUGUCACUGAUCCCAUCUCACUCUGGAUCCUUUGGUUCACCAUCCCACCCACACCUGCUGCCCACCACCCCCUCAGCACCAUUCCCUGCGCAGGUUUCAGAAUGCCCUGUUGCUGCUGCUGCCGCCCCACACACCCCAGGGGCAUGUCAAAGCCCCCACCUGCCUUCCACCAGCAUGCCGCUCCUGAAGAUGCCUCCUUCUUUCUCGGGGUGCAGCCACCCCUGUAGUGGGCACUGCAGUGGGCCUCUGCUCCCACCACCAGGCUCACAGCAGCUUCUUAACACUCACAGCAGAGACCCUGGGUGCAAGGGGCACAAGUUUACACAUAGUGGCCUGGCCUGCCAACUGCCCCAGCCCUGCGAGGCAGAUGAGGGGCUAGGUGAAGAAGAGGACAGCAGCUCAGAGCGUAGCUCCUGCACCUCGUCCUCCACACACCAGAGAGAUGGGAAGUUCUGUGACUGCUGCUACUGUGAGUUCUUCGGCCACAAUGCGCCACCCGCUGCCCCGACGAGUCGGAAUUAUACCGAGAUCCGAGAGAAGCUCCGUUCAAGGCUGACCAGGCGGAAAGAGGAGCUGCCCAUGAAGGGGGGCGCCCUGGGCGGGAUCCCUGGGGAGCCCGCCGUGGACCACCGAGAUGUGGAUGAGCUGCUGGAAUUCAUCAACAGCACGGAGCCCAAAGUCCCCAACAGCGCCAGGGCCGCCAAGCGGGCCCGGCACAAGCUGAAAAAGAAGGAAAAGGAGAAAGCCCAGUUGGCAGCAGAAUCUCUAAAGCAGGUGAAUCGUGGUGUUUCUGGAAGCCAGGAGCUGAGGCCUGCCAGGGAGAGGUUUUUGGAGUGGCCUGACCAGGAGCUGGAUCGGGUCAACAGCUUCCUGAGCAGCCGUCUGCAGGAGAUCAAGAACACUGUCAAGGACUCCAUCCGUGCCAGCUUCAGUGUGUGUGAGCUCAGUAUGGACAGCAAUGGCUUCUCUAAGGAAAGGGCUGCUGAGCCUGAGACCCAGAGUCUACCCGCCUUGAACCUCAAUGGCUCCUCAGGGCACCGGCCUGACAUCAACCUUGACCUGUCCCCUUUGACUUUGGGCUCCCCUCAGAACCACACGUUACAAGCUCCAAGCGAGUCAGCCCCACCAUGGGCAGAAAUGAGAGGCCCCCAACCACUGUGGACAGAAGUGAGGGGCCCUCCUCCUGGUAUCAUCCCAGAGAAUGGGCUAGUGAGGAGACUCAACACCGUGCCCAACCUGUCCCGGGUGAUCUGGGUCAAAACACCCAAGCCAGGCAACACCAGCUCUGAGGAGCCAAACCCAAAGGAAGUCCCUAGUGACAAGCAGGAGCUACCUGAGCCUGUGGCCUCAGGUGGGAAGCCGCGGAAAGGCAAGAGGCAGGGGGGUGGUCAGGCUAAGAAGAGUGAGGCGACUCCAGCCCCCAGGUCCUCAGCCAGCCUGGAGGCUCCCGGUGCUAAGGGCCAGACCUCCAGCCCCAAGCAGCCAGGCAAGACCCUGGAACCUCCCAAAGUGGGCUGCUGUGCUGAGGCUGGAGAGGGGAGCCCGGGAAACCGGCCAGAACCAGGCUGGGCUAGCAGCCCAAAAGUCGACAAGGAGAAGGGCAGCUCUUGGCGAAACUGGCCAGGUGAGGCCAAGGCACGGCCUCUGCAACAGGAGUUUGUGCAGCCCUCAGGCCCAGCAAGGCCACAGAGCUUGCCGCAGGGCAAGGGCCGCAGCCGCCGGAGCCGCAACAAGCAGGAAAAGUCAGCCUCCUCCUUGGACGAUGUGUUCCUGCCCAAGGACAUGGAUGGGGUGGAGAUGGAUGAGACUGACCGGGAGGUGGAAUACUUCAAGAGAUUCUGUUUGGAUUCUGCAAAGCAAACACGUCAGAAAGUUGCUGUGAACUGGACCAACUUCAGCCUCAAGAAAACCACUCCCAGCACAGCUCAGUGAGCCCCUGUGGGUCCAGCUUCUUCAGGUGUCCUGAGACGCCCAACUGCCAGCUGAAGGUCUACAGUUUCUUCUUCCUCCACAUCCCCACCCACCUGCCCAAGACCCUCCUUGCUUCCCGCCAUCCUGGACCAACCCAAAGCUGAGCGGAUGCCCUGCCGGGCUGGGGCCCCUCAGGACCUCCACAGAGCCGCCUCCUGGUGCUAUGCAGCCUCCUCACUCAGAGCCCGGGGGCUGGGCUGGGCUGGCCUGUGGGCCAGGGGCUGAUGGUACUGCUGGCCCAACACUGCUCUUUUUGUGUUUGGUUUUUCUGUUUUUGUUUGUUUGUUGUUGUUUUUUAAUUCUUUACUUUUGAUACUGUGAAGAUCUUUCCUGCCGAAAGAUAAAGCAACUUUUGGACACAGA